AUGCCUAGCCUGAGGGACAGCAGCUCCUCGGUCAUCAUCCUCGACCUCGCGUCCAAGAUGAAGAUCGGCAACCUCAAGAAGGCGGCGGCGAUGUGCAAGAGCAAGACCGGCGUGCUCGCGGGCAGGCUCCUCGUCCUCACCUCGCUCCGCCGCAGGAUGGCCACCGUCGGCGCCAUCUCGCACAGGAUCCACGCGCUCAUGGUGGCCACCGAAUCGGGUAAGGACCUCGACAAGGCCCUCGGGCCGCGCAAGGCCAAGGCCGGCGGUGGCAAGCCGGCCGUCCUCGUCCAUCGUAACGCCACUGAUAUCUCUGAUCAGUUGGCGCUGUUCCAUCAAGAGGAUGGCGGCGACGGCGACGGCCCUGACUGGUCGGUGCACUCCAUCUUCGACGACGAGAAUUGUUGCUACGCCGACGAGUACGAGGGCGACGACGAUGAUGACAGCGCGCUACUCGAUGUGUGCGAUGAUAAGCAUGAUACCAGCGAGCCGUCGGUCAUGGACGUGAUCAGGAGCAACCGGAGGGUCGAGGGUUUGGAGUUCAACGUGGACGACGAGAUCGACCAGGCCGCCGGCAUGUUCAUCACUAGGUUCCGGAACCGGAUGAACGGGAGCAUAUAG